GUAGAGCGUAGCUAUGCUGACCUCCUGCCUGUGGACUACUCUGCCGUGGAUUGUCCUGGGCCAGACGUACUACAUGAGCUUUAUCUUCAACAACUAUGGGUCCUCCCGAAUAAGUGCGCCUCAACUGGGAUUCAAUGGUACAGCACAAGAGCCCAUUGAGGGGGGAAAUCUGAAGACCAGCACGGCGGAACAUUCGGGCGAGGAAGAAACUCUGGAGGUCAGCUCAUUGGAGCAUUCACGGGAGUCCAAAAAGAACUCAAACAAGUACAAGGGAAUGGAAACACUGGAGUUGAGUUCGGAGGAUCAUUCGCGGAAGAAGAGCGAUGCCAAGAAACCAAGCGUCGAAGACAAGGACUCAGGUGAUUCGAGUGGGACGAUGAUCUGGACCAGUACUCCAAAGGCAAAAGCUACAACACAGAGAAAAACCAAGGCCACAACAAAUGAAACUCCCGAAGUGCCCACUGAAAUCACCACAGAAUCCACAAAGGCCACUGCAAUCGAUAGAGAACAGUCACCUCCUGACGAAACUUACACGGAAAGCACCAAGGAAAAGUUUACAGAUCAACCGGAAAUCGGAUCAGUCGGAAAAGAAGAACCAGAUUCCAAGCUACCAAUAAAUACCUUAAGAAGCUGGGAGCCGGUAACACCACAUCCUCCCUCGUUCUUCGAUUACCCAGAGGCCACCUGUAGCGAGGACAUGGAUCUGCACGAGGUAUUUGGCAUUAGGCUCGAACGAGACCGGGGUUUGCCCACCAAGAUCUUGUGCAACUUCCAGAACAGCUGGGGAGGUCCUUGGCUGCUAAUGACGCGGAUAGAGCUCCCCGUUCGUAUUCACAUGCGUCACUGGUUCUUGGGCUAUCUCACUCCAGACUACAAGGAUAUGAACAUCAAUUUUCUUGCCCUGGCCCAUAUCAUGAACUCCAUGCGCACAGCCAUGUUGAUCCUUGGCCAGGAUAAGGACAACAAGUUGGUGUAUAAUCUGUACGAUGAUGUGGUCAUCUCGGCAUUCAAUGAUCUGUUCAUGAUGCGAAAAGCCGAAUUGGUGGAGGCCAAUACGACGGAGUUGCUCUUUGUGUCCGUGGGCAAGGUACUGAGUUCGUAUGCGGGCCGCAAUCGGUCGUGUCCUUUGCAGGUUCUUGGCAGCUGGUGGGGUCACCAUUCCAUACAGCAUAUGUACCAGGGAUUCUUAUGCGUCUUUCCCAAGGAUCACAGCAUAUCCAAGCCCGGCUAUGUGGCCAUUUUCAUAAAACCCAGCCUAUUCCCAGCGAAUCACACUGCUCUCUACAAUCAGCCCAUAUCGACACGACGUCCCUGGUCGAGCAACUACAAUACUAAGAUAUUGAAUGAAACAGAUACAAAUUCGAAGGCGUUUAAAAAAGAACAACAAUUGGAUUGGGAACGCAACAAGAUGGCUGUGCAAAAGGAGCUGGAUCGUCGGGCCAGGAUCUUUGGAGCUAUCGACAGGCUGAGGAUGGAGGAGGCCCAGCGGCACAGGGGGCGGUAGCAUAGGCAGGGGGUCAUAGGGGUCAUAUAGGGUCAAAAACUAGGGAGGUGUCAU